CCUCAGCGGGGCGGCCAUGUUGGAGCGGCGGAGGCGGCGCAGAGGCUGGUCCCGGGUCCCCGCGGCGGCGGCCGGUGUCAAGCACUGGUUUGUGGGCCCUGGACAGCUCUUCACAGCCUAAUGCCAUGAAUGUGGAGGUGGAUAAUGUGGAGGAGAAAGCUGUCCAUUCAUGGUCCAGAAUCUCCUCUGCAGGACAGAAAGCCUUGGAGGAAGCACUCCUGGUCUUCAACCCCAUGUCCAAGGACCUCAGUGACACGGAGGCCCAACUUGUGGCCUUUCUCCAAGGUCUCCGGGAGGAGGGCUACCAGCCUACUAUCCUUCGGAGCAAGGAUGUGUAUGGCUAUAGCUCCUGCACAGCCGAUCCCCCCAGCCAAACCAAACACCACGUUGGCCCUGCUGCUCAGGCCAAACCGCUGCCCUCGGACGUUCCCAAAGCCACUUCCAGGAGCCUGCUGGCUGUCCCAGGGACCAUCCUGGGGAGGUCUUCUAAGGUCUCUAGUUCCCCAAUAAUCAAAACCAGCUCCACCAACCUUUUGUUGAACUCCCUGAAACAGUCAGGCUCAGGCAGUGGCAAGAACUCAUCUGUGGGCUUCCCUACCCACAUGUACCCUGGGGUAUACCCGGCUAUGCGGCUCUCUGUUGUUCUGGAAGCCUUGGUCCCUUUAAAGGCUACAGCAUCCUGUUUAAACUCCAAGUACAAGCCUCUGGGGAUCUCACAUUCAGACCUUAAGCUGCUGAAGGGCUCAGGGAGAUCCCGGCAAUCAGCUCCCAACAAAACCACUAAUAAAGGGCACCGGUGUUUGAUCCGGAAGGCACCAGACCGGGCUGCCCUCUCAAAGGGUGGACGACGGGGCCCCAGUGGUGGCGUCCUUCGAGAGAGCAACGCCUGCAAAGCUUCAGGCAUUCUAAAUGGUAGGCGUCGAAAGAAGGGGACCCAGACGAAGACUUCUAAGAGCGGGGCCAGGACUGCCUGUAGGGGUGGCAGAGGCAGCCAUCCAGAAGCCACAGGGCCAAAGAGGAAAAGGUCAGAGGAGGCUAAAGAAACCCCAGCAAAGAAGAAGAGCAAGUUGGGGCCUGGACUAAGCAAAGCUAGGCUAGUGCCAAGCUCACCAAACCUCCUGAAGUUCCGGGUCAUCAAAGUGAAUAAACGAUUCUCUGAUGAGGAGGUGCGGCAGAGAGCACAGAAGAUCCUGAGAGUCAAUUUGUCUCCAGUGAUCCGGAUCCAGCCACUGCCCCAUUCUGUCUCCUGAUUGACUCAAGGUCCAGUUCAGGGCCCAUUUCCCUCUGACCCAGCCAGUCCAUACACCACUGCCCCUCUUCCCCCCCAACUCAUCCACCCUCCCCUGUGGGAAGGGGGAGUGAGAAACUUUGAUUCUCCUUCUGGUGGCUGGAGCAGCAUGGGUGUUGGGUGACAAUGUGUUAGCUGAUACCUGCGGACUCUGGGCAGCUUGCUCCUCCUGUUUCAGGCUUUCUGGCUAGCAGGCCUCUGGGACUGCCUGCCCGGCUCUGAGCCACGUUCAGAAAUGCAGGGAGAUGCCUCCCCCGUCCUAAGGGAGAGAGCAGGGUCUAACUACCCACUCUCAAAGAGCCACUUAUGGCUUCACCCCAACAGACCUUCCCCAAACCCUUGGGGGAGGCGGUUUUGUCAUGACGUGAUGCACUGUGAUUUGUUAUUUUCCAAGCUCUAUGUUUACUGAUUUCAUUUUGAUCAAGUUUUAUAUCUUUAUAUGCCCCCAUUCCCCUACCCCAACCCAGUGUCUGCCUCCUCCAUCAGGGUCAGAAUUGGGGUCUCCUCCCUCUUUUCAGAAUGCAUUUACAACUUCUCUUGUUUUGGGUCCACUUCAUGCUUCCAGGAAAGUUGCCACUGAAGGAGUAGAGAGUGGAUUGGUUUCAGUAACAGGUUAAUUGACAGCCCCUGGCACUUUUCCUUCUAAACUAGUGCCAGGGGGCAGGCCUGCAGCCGGCCUACCUAGAUGACCAUCCCCUUAAGUCCAUUGAUCUCGGUAAGGCAUCUCCUCAGUGCUGUUGGAAGUGCGGCAGAGGGAGCCAGUGUAUAAGCUGGCAGGUAAUAUAGUGUUUGUGAUUUGUUUUGGCUUCCUCUGGGUGGUUAUAGAAGUCUCUGCUUUCUUGGAGUUUGCUUCUGUGGGUAAAUCUGGGCAGAGGCUGGCUCACUCACCCAUCCUGAGACAGCCUGGGCUUGGGCCUCGUGAGUAAAAAGGAGAGAGUCAGAUGACUAGGCUCUUCUUUCUGCAAGAUCAUGGGGGAGCCUGCCAGGUGAGUAUAGAAUUGUGACCGUAGAGCUGAUAAUCUAGGCCAAGAGAGGAAAAGAGGAUUUUUUUUUUUGGCCUACUUCUUCCCAGGGGGACAGAACCAGACAGUGACUCCUUGUCUCCCAUCCUUGCACACCAUGAGUCUAUGGGCAACCAUCCAGAGCCUCAAGGCCUUUCCUCAGGGCUGCUGUUUCCCUCCUGGCUGCUACUUUCCCCCCAGGGCCUUAUCUCUAAAUCCCUGCAGCUAGACCUUGAGGAAUUGUGGCUGUCUAGCCCCAGCCUUUCUUCCCCUCUUUCCCUUCAUCCUUCCCCAGAAUCUGGUCCCCCCUCCCUUCCUUUCCACCAGUCAUACUCUAGGGUCUUGGCUCUGGGAGUAUGUGUGGAGGGAGGGGGAAUGGGGAGAGAGAUGUUUAGUCUCUUCCCACUUGGAACAAAGGGAUGAUUGGAAGUAGGAAUGGCCUGGAGCACCAAUGGUCAUUGUGUCUCAGGACCAAGACUUUGAGGCCUUAAUCCACCUUAGACCCCAUUGUGGGCCUGUGGAACAGAGCUGGAAGCGAUGGAGCCAGGUUAAGCCAUGCCCCUUCCCCAUCAGGGGAGUACUCUGUUUCCGGGUUGGCCCCCAGUGCCAGUCAGGCAACGGCAGCUGCAAAGAGCGCCUCUGUGGAUGGGUUGAUACAGGUUUGGGGCCUGUGGGUGAAGUUCUCCACUAUCCUCACUUUCAUAGAAGUUGGGGAGGAUGAGGUAAUGACUGAAAGGCUUGGUCACCUCCAUGGCAGUGGAAAGUAUUUCCCAACUGGACCCCGGACUCUCAGAUGGGGGGCUGAGCUGGCACUCCCCCCCUCAGAUUUGAAUCCAAACAGUGUCCCCUUCCCCCUUCAUCCUGCCCUCAAGUCAUCCACCCUCCCCUUGUGGGUCCCUCAGAGUCCAUAGUGGCAGUGGUGGAUGCGGAGCCUAGGAGGCAGGUCACCAUUCCUUCCCUGGUUGGUGUCCUUUGUGACUUUGGGAAACUCGAGGACCAGACCCUCAUCCCUGCUGCGUGUUCAUUGGUUUGUUUGUGACGUCUCCACGGAUGCGGAUCUGUGAUGUUUGGUAUGCAGCUGUGGCCUGUGAAGAGUGCAACUGACUUCAGGGGAAAGCCCUCAGGCCUCUGGGGUCUGAGGUGUUGCCUGCAUUUAAGUUAAAUGGGAAUUAUUGACCACUUGCAGGCCACUUGUUCUGCUGUCCUCAGUAAAUGGUGCUUCAUCCUCUG